GAGACGCUGCUGGCACGCGGGGAGAUGCAGCGCGGAGCGGGGCACUUUUCCAACAGCUCCUCCGGCGGGAGAGCCAGCGGCAGGCUCCCCUCGGCUUCCUCGGGCCGCCGCCAUGCAGCGAGGCAGGGUGCUGGCGGCGCUGCUGUGCGCCGCGCUGCUCCCGCUCCCCUCGGACGCCGCCAAAGCUCCCAAACGGCCGGCUCGGCCCCGGAGCUGCGGCGAGCGGCCCGAGGAGCUGCUGGAGCAGCUGUACGGGCGGCUGGCCGCCGGCAUGCUCAGCGCCUUCCACCACACCCUGCAGCCCGAGCCGCCCGGCCGCCAGCACAACGCCAGCUGCCCGGCGGGGGCACGGCCGGCCGGCGACAAGAAGCUCCGGCUGCCCGUCAACCUGCGCAGCGCCUCGCCCUGGGCGUACAGAAUUUCAUACGACCCCACGAGAUACCCUAAGUACAUUCCUGAAGCGUACUGUCUGUGCAAGGGCUGCCUCAUGGGGAUCUUUGGCGAGGAGAAUUUUCACUUCCGCAGCACCCCCGUGUACAUGCCCACUGUCAUCCUCCGCCGCACCUCGUCGUGUGCCGGGGGCCGCUACGUGUACACGGAAGACUACGUCACUAUCCCAGUGGGCUGCACUUGUGUCCCUGAGCAAGAGAAAGAGGCCGAAAGCGUAAAUUCCAGCAUAGAUAAGCAAGAAAUGAAGUUGCUCGUAAACCAGAACAAGCCAUCAUCAGAAUGAAGAGUGUAUGAAGAAUCACCUGUACAGGAUUCACAUCAUUUCACCACCUCAGGAAACUGCAUGACAGCAGAGAACACACCGGCUUACCCUGAUUCUCUACUCACAGUUAUUUCAGUUAUAAGAUGGAAAUUUUUGUCAGGUCACUCAGAUCUUUAGCGACAGCAAUUCAUACCAAGAACUUCUUUAGCUCAUGUGAGUAUUUGUUGCAAAUUCCAGUGUAGCUUCUUUUUUUUUUCUUUUCCUUAGAGCAGAACAUUUUAUUCUUGCUUAUUCACAGUAAAUUUUAGGUGAUGCAAAUGUACGACAUGCUGCCUAUUACUAUAGCAGACUACUGGUUGUAGAUAUUUUGAAGGAGUCUCUUAUAUUCUACUUUUAAAUACUUUUAUAUAAAGAUCAUACAGCCACCACACACGUGUCAAGUCAGCAGUUAAAAGGAUGUUUUUUCAGGCAGGGAGAGCCUUCCUCGAUACUGCAUAUCUCAACUCAAAGCAGCGUUCUUGGCUGUUACACCUUUGGCUGUUUAUACACUACAGAACGAGAACCUUCACCGUGCUGGAGUCAUUCAUGAAACAACGUCCUACGAGUGCUGUUUUUAAACUUGCCAAAUUGCUAAGGGUACAAAACUGUUGAGAAAAAGCAUGCUAGAAUAUUAUAAAAGUGCAGCGGACUUUUCUGGUGUGGACUAUGUCUAAUUGCAGAGAAAAUAUCCAUUAGAAAAAACAAAGCUUGGUUCCCAAGAGUUCUGUAUUAGAUUUCAUUCACCAUUAACUGCUUGCUGUUUCUUGUGUUCUGUGAAGUUGAAAGGCCAAAACGUUUUUCAUGUUAGGAGAGGAAAUUCUGCAUUAAAAAAUCAAGUACAAAGUGUAGGCUUCAUUCACGUACCUGCAGAUGAGUAAACAAUCUACAUGCUUAACAUUUAGAUGGUACAGAGGUCACUAAAGUGAGUCCAGACAACUCAAACUUGUUAAAUCCAAAUGAUUUAUACCAUUAGUGCUGCUCGUUUUCCCCUGAGUUACCAGUAGCAGACAAUCACCUGCAAAAACAGUCUUCCGUCUUUGCAGCCUACAGGAGCUUGGGGGCAAGACCUAACUGCAAACCCUCGGUACACAAAAACCCAUGUUUCCAGAGCGAGGGUCCGAAGGCUGACUUAGUUGAGGGAAUGAUAAUCAGGAAUAGCAUACCCCGCAUGACCACAACUGCUUAGAGAGCUGCAAUCACCAAAGCUGAUAAAUCUCAGAAUGAACAGCAGAGUGUCUUUUAACAGUCGAAUGAUCGUGACUGCAAUGUCAUUGCAAAACAGAAUAAAUACCGUAUGUGACAUGGUAUUUGCUACAUCGAGAAUUUCCAAAUUGGGCUUAGUUCACAUGGAGGAAGCCCCUACUGUACACAAUGGCACAUUCACUACUUCGGGCUGUCAUUGGAUGAAGAAUGGAAAGACUACAAGCCGAACAGAAUUAACAAGCUAAUAGAGAAUUAAAAUCAUAUGACAACUUCUUGUCUUGGUGGGUAAUUACUGACUGUGCCCCUUAUGACUCAGUACAGCAUAAUAGUAUUUUCAUAGUGCAAUCUGUCUAGCUUCUUACAAAGCUUAAAACAACUUUAAGAGCUUCAGAAACCAAUAAAAGGAAGAUUCCCAUC